GCGGCAAGCUUCUCCUUGAAGCCCAUGAGGGUGGUGGUGGGAGGGAUGGCGUUCAAGGGCAUGUCAAUGACGGUGGUGACGCCGCCCGAGGCAGCGGCCUUGGUACCUGUGUCGAAGCCCUCCCAUUCCGUGCGUCCUGGCUCAUUCAGGUGCACAUGA